AGUUUAAUUUUAGCAACCAAAAUAACGCCAAUCAGCCCAACGCAGCUGAAGAUCACUCCUAAAGAUGAUCGUGUUACGUCUUAAAAAAUGCAUAUAUUCAAAUCGUUAUAUAAGCAAAUAGUAAUGCGUGCCUUUUUGACGAACGAUGUGAAAGAAUUUAAUAAUUUUACAUACCAAGUUGCCCACAUUUUCUUUAAAGGUCACGAAUGGUAAGGUAAAAGAGUGCAAAUCUAACAGCUUAAGCACUUUUUUAAGUGAAGACAUUGCGGUAUUAGUUCAUUAAAAGCUGCCGCGGCGUGUAGGUCGUCAAUAGCGCCGACAGCGUGGGCGCGUCUGUUCGCCCGUACCCACCGUCGCUACCGUCUUUGCCCGGAAAGCAGCUCACCGAGCCGGUGGCUGUGGACGUGCGGUCACUCUCGCGGUGGCUUCUCUCAGCCAGCGCUCCCGGAGAGCGACCGUCAAGGCCGGAGAGCGUCCCGCGGUCCCGCCCAGUGCGCUGACCCACCCGGAAACGACGCAGCCGCAGCUCCCGGCUCGGCCGGCCGCGUCGGCACCGGCGCAGCGCGCGCGGAGAGAGAGGCGGCGGCGGCGGCGGGCCCGCGGCGCGACGACCCACUUCAGCCGGGAGUCGAUAUAACGCGGCGCACACCGGCCAGCAGCACAGUGCUCCACCGGCAUCCGGACCACCUCCCGACAGCUCCCAGACGCUCAGACUGCCGACAUGAAGUGCCACGUGAUCGCAGCGCUCUGCCUCGCCGCAGUGAUCGCCUCUGUGACGGCUGACUCCGCUCAGCAUGUUCAGGGCGCCCAGCAGGCCGAGCCGCAGUUCCAGCCGCAGCAGCAGUUCCAGAGGCCCCAGCAGCCGGCGCCGUUCAGGCCGCUGCCCUACAACCAGCAGCUCCGCCGCCAGAGCCCCAUGAGCCGGAUGCGCGACUCCAUCUACAGCUUCUUCAGCAACCUGAUGAGCGCCGGCCGUCAGUUCCGUCAGCAGGCCUCUGCGCGCAUCUUCAGCAUGUUCAACCGCCGCUCCAUCAACCGGAGGCUGCAGCGUCAGGAGUACGCCCCUGCGCCGGUCCAGGGCCCCGUGCCGUCCCAGCAGCCCCUGCAGUAGAUGCCCCCGACCCGGGGCGCCGCCCGGGGCGUCCGAGCGCUGCUCCUCGGGGCAGCUCUGACAGUGCCAGCCGACUGACCGGCCCCGGCCGGCCCUGAGAGCCCGGCCGGGGUCGGUCAGGGAGACCGGCCCGACCGCUCAGCCAGUGCCGACUGGCAGCGGCAGAGCGGAGCCCAGACAGCGGGCCGGCUAGCGGGCCGCACCUCCACCGUCCGCGGUGCCGGCCGCGCUCAGACAGCAUUGGCGAGUCCAAAACGUGUGAAUGUCGAUAUUGCGCUCAUUGUGUGAGAGGAAUGCGUGCAAACCAGGGUUCAUCGUCACGCGAGUACGAAGACGUUUAUUGUUGUUACGAGUGAUUGACGAUUGUUGAUUGUUUCUGUUGCGCUCAACACUUUGCCUUUUGCACUGUUCUACCUCAGGAUGCGAUGUCUUUGUUUCUGUUUUGUUUGGCAAAGUCGCUGUAGGACGGCGCCCCAGAGAUACAUAUAGCAAGACACGCCCUGAUCAUUUCUAUGUCACGUGCGUCAAGAGGUGCAUCUUGUGUGCGAUCAUGGCCACCUCUGCAACGAGUGUGGUUUGUGCAUUUACUAUUUAUUUCAUGUGUCAUUGUAUAAUAAAGCCACAAAUCCAA